AUGUCUAUCACGUCAAUCAGCGGACUUUUGUCCAACUACUCGCGCUUGUCGGACUCCAGUCCCUCGGACGAGAAAGAUCCCCAUCUGCACAUGCGACCAGAUAUCGAAGCUGGCACGACAACCCAGAAGAAUGACGAGCGGAAGACGUGGCGCUUCGUCGAUGGCCGAACAGUUUCCGACGCUAUUAUCGGUCUGUCAGACGGCAUGACGGUGCCGUUUGCUCUCACGGCCGGGUUGUCUGCCCUGGGCGACACCAAGGUGGUUGUCUUUGGUGGAAUGGCCGAGCUCAUCGCGGGGGCCAUUUCAAUGGGACUGGGUGGAUACCUGGGUGCAAAGAGCGAAGAGGAAUCCUACAAAGCCACAUUAAGGGAAACCCAGGACCAGAUGGUGACCGACCCGGCCUCGGUCACAACUACCAUCUCCGAUAUCUUCGAGCCGUACGAUCUGCCCUCGGAGCUGGUCAGCCAGCUCACCACCCACCUGUCGUCGUCGCCCAUGCUCCCGUCCUUCCUCAUGAACUUCCACCACACGCUCCCCGAACCCUCAGACUCGCGCGCCGUCAUCUGUGCCUUGACUAUUGCACUGGGUUACUUCAUCGGCGGAUUCGUGCCCCUGGUGCCGUACUUCUUUGUCGGACCGACCGAUGCCUUCCUCGCCCUGCGCUGGUCCAUCGCCACCAUGGUCGUUGCCUUGUUUCUGUUUGGGUAUGGCAAGACCUGUUUCGUGAGCGGCUGGACAGGCCGUCGCAAUGUCCGCAAGGGCCUUGUUGGCGGUCUGCAGAUGGUGCUGGUGGGAGGUGUGGCGGCCGGGUCUGCGAUGGGGUUGGUUAAAGGAUUCCAGGUGUUGGCGCAGAGAUCGGAUGACGGGAAACAUGAAUAA